GUUCGCAUUAGUCCUCAUAAUUUGAAAGACAUGCAAUUCAGACUUGUUGACUUUCAAGGAGAGCCUGUAGAACUGAAGGCACCAGUGCGAAUGACUGUUGAAGUUGACUUUUUAGAAAAUAUUAAAUGCAACAGCUUACAAGAGAACUCAGAGCUAAAAAUAUAA